AGCGCGGCGGCCACCAUGGCUGGCCGAGGGCCGCCGCUUUGCUACGCGCUGCUGUGUGGGCAGGCGGCGCUGCUGCUGGGCAACCUGCUCCUCCUGCAGGGCGUGCCUCGGAGCCACCAGCACAACGCCACCCACAGCCCCGCAGAGCAGCUCGACCCGGAGCCCGCCGCCAGCGCCGGGGGAGGCGCCUUCUCCUGCGAAGGCCAAGGCCCCCACGGACCGCUCGUUCGCUGCGACCACCUACCUGAGGAGUUUGUAGAGUGUGAGGCUCCCAUGGAUCAUGGUGGAAAUGCAAGUGCACGAGAGGAACUGGGCUAUGGAUGUCUCAAGUUUGGUGGUCAGGCAUAUAGUGAUGUGAGCCACACUCAGGUCCAAUGCAAGGCACUGGAUGGCAUCGAAUGUGCAGGCCAGCGGACCUUUCGACGGGGGAAUAAGCCAUGCAUAAAAUACACGGGGCACUACUUCAUAACUACUCUCCUCUACUCCUUUUUCUUGGGCUGCUUCGGAGUGGAUCGCUUCUGCCUGGGGCACACAGGCACAGCUGUGGGGAAACUGCUCACUCUUGGAGGACUUGGGAUCUGGUGGUUUGUGGACUUGAUUCUUCUUAUCACUGGGGGACUGAUGCCCAGUGAUGGAAGCAACUGGUGUACUAUUUACUGAAAGUCUUCAACUCUGACUGGACCUAAACCAAAGAAGAAAUGGGAGGAGAUUCUUUGCUCAGCUGGAGGCCUAAUGCUUGGAUCCUGUCUUGUAGCAAGUAUAGAGGCUACACCGGUGUACUCAUUUUGCUGUGGAAUGACACCCUUCUAAAAUGGAAAUACCAGAAAAAUGCAAACCAUAAUUCUGCUAUACAUACCUCAUUGUCUUGUUUAAAUGGAAGCUAUGCUUUCCCCAUCCACAAGAACCUGGGAAGACUUCUCCCCUGUAGAAUAAACCUCAAAAAUGGAUUUACAACUGUCA